CCGUCCACGUGAUUUUAGCGGCCCGGACGGAACGAGCUCGCUGCAUAUUCUGAUUCUUCCCCUUCCCCCUCCCUCCCGUGGCUCGCCGCCGCCACCGCCAGCUCGCGCCCCGUCUUCCUCUCCCCGAAUCCGCCCAUUCCGACCCCCUGAUCCGCCGCGCUGCAGGUCCGCGAUGCUUUCCCUGUCGAGGACGCUCGCGAGGCGGCUCUUCUCCACCGCGGCCGCCGGGUCCGAGGGCGCCGCCGCCGCGUCAACUUCGGUGGUGAGGAAGGCGCAGAACCCCCUCGAGGAGUUCUUCGAGGUCGAGCGGAGCACCGCGGACGACCAGCCCGCUCCCCACUACGGUCGUGGUUGGAAGGCUUCUGAAUUACGCCUGAAAUCUUGGGACGACCUUCAUAAGCUAUGGUAUGUCCUUCUAAAGGAGAAGAACGUGCUUAUGUCUCAACGCCAGAUGCUAGCUUCAGAGAACAUGCAUUUCCCAAACCCAGAGCGCAUUUCCAAGGUGAAGAGAUCGAUGUGCCGGAUCAAGCACGUGCUGACGGAGCGGGCCAUAGCGGACCCUGACCCGAGGAGGACUGCGGAGAUGAAGCGGAUGAUCAACGCCAUGUGAUCCGCUCGCGUCGCGCCGCGCUUCAAUGUCUUGGAGCAGCAGCAGCCGUAGCAGCAUUAGCAUCUAUCUACUAGAAAGAAAGAAUUUGCUCGCUUCCCUUCUUGUGUUGUAUGCCUCCCCCCAUGAGAUGCAUAAGACCAGUAAUCCUUGAGACACCUGUGGAACGCCAUCGCCCCCGACAGUUCCGCGGAUGAACGUCAAUGCACUUGUGUUCGAAUAAUUGCAACUGUCCUUUUUCAUUUUGUGUGUGUGUGUGUGUGUGUGUGUGUGUGUGUGUGUGUGUGUGUGGCAAAGUAGCAUCAAGCUGUUUGUUUGCACAAUGUGAUAUGCAUGUCCAUUGGUCUCA